GCCAAACCUCAGGUUCUGACUUCCCACACUCUCUUCAUAUACCUUGUCCUUCCCUGAGCAGCUGCUCUUGCUACUUCACCAAUCGGUAUACAUCGCUCGAAACCUGUCACUGAAAUAACCGCGCCUUCCAGCAUGCGUGUCUCUACUAGCUUGCUUCCUGCCCUUUUGGCAGCAAUCCCGGCUGUGUCCGCUAGUGGCACCCUGGGUCUCGCCAUAGGUAAUAAGAACACUGAUUCCAGCUGCAAAUCUACGAGUGAUUACGAAGCCGACUUUGAUGCUCUCAAAAGCGUGACGACUAUAGUCCGCACAUACUCAGCCAGUGACUGCAAUCUUGCUCAAAAUAUCGUACCCGCUGCAAAGGCCAAGGGAUUCAAAGUCGUUCUGGGAGUCUGGGCGGAUUACGACCAGUCUUUUGACCAGGAUUUCAACGCCCUGAAGCAGGUCGUCCCUGGGAAUGAAGAUGUUGUGUCUGCUAUUACUGUAGGCUCUGAGGUUCUCUACCGCGGAACUCUCACUGCGCAGGCACUCCUGAGCAAAAUCCAACAGGUGCAGAACCAGUUCCCCUCGGUUACCGUUGGCACCGUUGAUAGCUGGAACAAAUUUGCGGAUGGCACUGCCGAUCCCAUCAUCCAAGGAGGGGUCACUUACCUUUUGGCCAAUGGAUUCGCCUACUGGCAGGAUGUAGACGUCAACAGUGCUCCCAGUACCUACUCCUAUGACAUGACGCAGGCCGAGAACCAUAUCAAGCAGGUUGCCGGAGCUAAUGCGGGCAAUAUCCGCUUUGGAAAUGGGGAAACUGGCUGGCCCACCGACGGUGGAUCCGAUUAUGGUGCUGCUAAAGCUGGUACUCAGAAUGCUGCGCAGUAUUACAAAUCAGCGGUAUGCCCCAUGCUGCAGAAGGGAACCGACGUCUUCUAUUUCGAGGCCUUCGACGAGGUGUGGAAGCCCAACAGCACGGGUGACAAUGGCCAGUCCAUGGACGAGAAACACUGGGGACUUUUCGAUGCUGACCGCAAGCUCAAGUUCGACGUGACCUGUUGAAACCCGAAAUAGAAUAAGUCUGAUGCUGCACCUCCAAAAGUCUGGCGCACAGUGACUUGAUCUGUUAUAUAUGUAUCUACUAUUUCUCGGGCAGCCUUUGCUGUGCUAUAUGUAUAUGUAUCGAAUCCAUGUUGAACAUCGAGGCAAGUCUUUCAAAUCUUGG